UUUUAUCGGGAGCGGUUGAGAGUGUCGUGAUUCACUGUCUGAUCAGCAGCGGCUCGUUUGUGACUUUGCACACUCAAUAAAUCUGACCAAAGCAGAAACAAUUCGCACCAUUUCCGCUGCUUUGCAUUAUUGAACACCAAAAGACUUCAUUCAGAACUGAGCACCCGUCCCAGUGUGACCCGACCAGGAGGAGAAUGUUUUGCGGUCCAUGAUGGGCGGCAGCGGGUCUAAAGGUAAAGGCUAUUGGCCAUUUUCAGGUUCAGGUGGUGGGGAUGAACCAGCCAAAGAGGGCCAGGAGCAGAGCCUGUCCCGGGUGCGCAGCAUCCGAAAUGCGACGCCAUUCGUGUUUACCAGGAGGAGCUCUUUGUACUUUGACGAGGACGGCGACCUGGCCCACGAGUUUUACGAAGAAACGGUAGUAACAAAAAACGGCCGCAAGAAAGCAAAACUAAAACGAAUCCACAAGAACCUCAUACCUCAGGGAAUCAUCAAGUUGGAUCACCCGUGUAUCCACGUUGAUUUUCCAGUCGUCAUCUGUGAAGCCUGAUGCCGUCGGUGACCUCAUGCGAAGAAUCCGUCCUCCCUCAUUUUCCUCCCGACCGCUGGAUCCCGAACACGCUUGCUGUGUAGCGCCCCCAUGUGUCCUGGAGGGCUGAACGCGUGUAUGUGGAAUCCCGGCAAACCCGGCCGCGAAACGCUCCGGCUGUCUGAGAAGAGGCUGCGGCCUGACAAUGAUGUCCUGACUUUUUUCGUUUUCUUGUAAUCCUCCACAUGUAUGUCUUGAAGACUAUUAUGGGCUGUACAUCCAAGACACUAAGUGUGGUUUGUAUACGAGUGUAUGGCUGUUAAUGUUUGUAUGUGACCAUAGAAAUAGAGAAAAUUUUGCGAUGUUUGACUUUUAUCAGGAGCACAUCAUGAUGGACUCUUCUAGAACGUUGCAAAUUUAGACGUUCUAAAAGCCAUGGUUGUGUUUGAAUGCUUAAAUCAAAGGGCAUUGUAUACCAAGCAGAACUCCAGAGAGGAUUUUCGUAGAGGUAACGUCGUUAGGGUUAGUACAAAAAAAAAA